AGUUCAUGUCAAACAUCAACCACCAGGGUGAACCACUUACACAACCCCACCCCGCCACCGUCAAGGCGGAUUAUACACGGCCCCGCAGCUCGGCAUUAUUGUGAUAACCGUGCCAUUAACUUCACAAUUUCUCUCGUACGCAGCAGUCUUAGUUACGACUGUUUUGAGUUUAUUCAGUCCGUUUUUUUAAUUGCUGUUCACAUUAAGUUGGUUUCUCGAUAGACUCACAACAUGAUGAAAUAUAUAGAAAAAAUAUUACUCUUGCUGGCCAUCACCUGCAACGUGUUUGCAGCCCCAAAGAAUGGAGAUUUCACUGAACACCGUAUGACGGAAGAAGAUAUACGUGACCGCAAUCAUAUCCAGGAUAGUCUAAAUGGGCUAUUAUGUCCUCCAGUCGGACUAAUAGAUAAAUUUGAGGUCAUGACAAUACAAACAACGACGACGAUGAACGGAUGCGCUUAUAUGGAAAAGGCCGUGCUACCAAGCCUAGUCCCAUUAUUUCACCUUUGGCUAGAACGUCCAGAGAGAACUAUGGUACACGGGCAUUGCAAUGACAUGGAGAAUAUGGACCACUUUAUUUUUGAGUGUUUGUCGAAAGAUAAUCCGACCAAUAGAAUAGAUGUUGAGAAAGGCUGGAAAUAUAUUUCAUUACUUGAACAUACAGCCGAUGAAAAAUCUCCACUCUCAAUGAAAAAUGAAACCAAAAGUGUGAGAAAAUCGUUCAGAUGUGCCAUGUACGAUGUGACUGACUACGAUCUAGACGGAGUCAGAAUUAUACGAAUAGCUAUUGCAAAAGCGAGAAAUGAAAUAUUAGAUGUACAACAAUGUGAAGGCCUCGGAAAUCUACUGGGAGAAACUGCCCUUCCAUUCGUUCCCGAGGGCGAACGAGAAUGGCCAGAUGGGUCAUUAUAUUUAUAUAUGAUUGGAAGGAAAACCAUAUAUACUCACAACAUGAUGAAAUAUAUAGAAAAAAUAUUACUCUUGCUGGCCAUCACCUGCAACGUGUUUGCAGCCCCAAAGAAUGGAGAUUUCACUGAACACCGUAUGACGGAAGAAGAUAUACGCGACCGCAAUCAUAUCCAGGAUAGUCUAAAUGGGCUAUUAUGUCCUCCAGUCGGACUAAUAGAUAAAUUUGAGGUCAUGACAAUACAAACAACGACGACGAUGAACGGAUGCGCUUAUAUGGAAAAGGCCGUGCUACCAAGCCUAGUUCCAUUAUUUCACCUUUGGCUAGAACGUCCAGAGAGAACUAUGGUACACGGGCAUUGCAAUGACAUGGAGAAUAUGGACCACUUUAUUUUUGAGUGUUUGUCGAAAGAUAAUCCGACCAAUAGAAUAGAUGUUGAGAAAGGCUGGAAAUAUAUUUCAUUACUUGAACAUACAGCCGAUGAAAAAUCUCCACUCUCAAUGAAAAAUGAAACCAAAAGUGUGAGAAAAUCGUUCAGAUGUGCCAUGUACGAUGUGACUGACUACGAUCUAGACGGAGUCAGAAUUAUACGAAUAGCUAUUGCAAAAGCGAGAAAUGAAAUAUUAGAUGUACAACAAUGUGAAGGCCUCGGAAAUCUACUGGGAGAAACUGCCCUUCCAUUCGUUCCCGAGGGCGAACGAGAAUGGCCAGAUGGGUCAUUAUAUUUAUAUAUGAUUGGAAGGAAACCAUAUAUGUUUACAUAACAAUCAAAUAAGAUCUAAUGAGAAGAAUGCCGUAGAUGUACAUACAGUAUUCAGUUAGCGGUUACCAGUCUUCCAACUACAACUGCUAUCA